AUCUGGCACUUGUGUCAUCGGAAAUUUGAUAAUACAUACGAUACGAUGGAACCGCAAUAUUGACUACAUUUGACUACAUUCGCGCGCGCGCGCGCAUCUCCGCAAUCUCCAUACAUCUCUGCGCAUGCGAUCUCAGCCGGACAAUUCGUGCCACUUGGUGCCACUUCAUGCCGCUCGUAUGUAUCCGUUUGUGGGUUUACGGCUCGUGAUUCAAUUAGGAUUACGAUAGGGACACGACGGAGGAUUUCAUUCGAUCAUCGUGCACCAGGUUAUCUGCAGUAUUCCAGUCGCUUCAGUCAACGCAGCGUAUUCCUGGUAAUAAUAAUGAAGGAUUCGGAGCUGAUAGCACAAGGCGCAGAGGCGCGUCUCUAUAAAGGACUCUAUCUAGGAAAGGCGUGCCUGAUGAAGGAGAGAUUCGUAAAGAACUACCGACACCCGGAGUUGGACACUCACAUCACCAAAGAUCGCAUCAGAGCCGAGGCUCGCGCCAUUAUUCGAGCAAAAUCCGCAGGAGUAGCGACGCCAACCUUGUACUUGGUAGACCUGGAACGACGCAGAAUCUAUAUGGAAUAUGUGGAGAACGCCACAAUACUGAAAACCUUUAUAGACGAAAACAUCUCAGGAAAGACAAACGUGGAUCACUUGCUAAACUUCAUAGGACGCGGGCUAGGCACGCUAAUAGCUAGACUGCACUUAAGGCACAUUAUCCACGGCGAUCUGACCACGUCGAAUGUAUUGCUGAAGAACAAUUCGAACGAACCAGCCUACAACGAUCAAUCUGAAGCCGAGACACAAUUCGUAAUGAUAGACUUCGGACUAGCUCGAGUGGAUUCUACGCUGGAGGAUAAAGCCGUCGAUCUAUAUGUUCUCGAGCGAUCUCUGCUUAGUGCACAUUCCGAAGUACCAACGUUGUUCUCCCGCAUUUUUCAUCAUUAUCAACGGCAUUAUCAAAAUAAAAACCAAUGCGAGCAAGUGCUCGCUAAAUACAAGCAAGUGCAAGCGCGAGGACGCAAGCGCUUGAUGAUAGGUUAAGCAGCGAAAGCAAAUCGACAAUUCUGUGAAAUUCUGAAGAAAAUACGAAGCGUAUUUUUAUAGCAUUAUGAGCCUUACGCCGAGUUUUGUUAAAUAUAAGUUGUAAAUAAACACGCGCGAGUGCGAACAAAACAAA